CCCAGAAACAAAUCCAAUAAAUCUCCCUAGAUUCUACCAUUAAUAAAUUUGAUCGUUAUAUUGAAAUCAGACCGUUCAAACAUAACCUUCUAGAAAACGAUAUUUUUAUUUUGACAAAACUCUAUAAAUCAACGUUAAACAUCCUUUAUCAUUAAUUUCGAUCGAACAGUCGAAAUCAACAAUUGCAUUACAUGAUUAACACUCAUAUAUAGCUAGAGAAGAAGAGAUAUAGAGAUAGAGUCUUAGCAAGUUAGGGAGAAAUGAAGACAAGCAAAGUUGAAAAGAAUACAUGGUCUUUGACACUAUGCUUUGUCUUACUUUCUCUCAUUACAAUCUUUCUUCCUUUUUGUGAAUCCUUCAACUACGGCCAAGCCUUGUCACAAACCCUUCUCUAUUUUGAGGCACAACGUUCAGGUCACUUACCCCACAAUCAAAGGGUCAAUUGGCGUCACCAUUCUGGUCUCACUGAUGGCCUAGAACAAGGGGUGGAUUUGGUGGGAGGCUACUAUGAUGCAGGGGACAACGUGAAAUUUGGGCUACCGAUGGCAUUCACCGUAACUCUCCUUUCUUGGGCUGCUAUAGAGUACGGCGAAGAAAUCGCCGCAGCCGGAGAAUAUGUCCAUGCAAUGGAGGCUAUCAAGUGGGGGACUGACUAUUUCAUCAAGGCUCACACACAACCAAAUGUUCUAUGGGUAGAGGUUGGGGAUGGAGAGACUGAUCAUUAUUGUUGGCAGCGGCCGGAGGACAUGACAACGCCACGAAGAGCAUAUAAAGUUGAUGAAAACAACCCCGGCUCAGAAGUCGCUGGCGAGACGGCCGCAGCUUUGGCAGCUGCGUCUAUUUUGUUUAAGAAAACAAAUCCACAUUACUCUCAUCUACUUUUGCAACAUGCACAACAGUUGUUUGAGUUUGGUGACAAGUUCAAGGGCAAGUAUGAUGAGAGUGUUGAAGUGGCUAAAGGUUACUAUACUUCAGUUAGUGGGUACAUGGAUGAGUUGCUAUGGGCAGCAAUUUGGUUAUAUAAGGCCACAGAAAAGGAUGAAUAUUUGAAGUAUGUUUUGGAGAAUGCUAAUGAUUUUGGUGGGACCACUUGGGCUAUGACAGAAUUUAGCUGGGAUGUUAAAUAUUCAGGUGUUCAAGCCAUUGCUUCAAUGCUCCUAAUGGAAGAAAAACACAAGAAACAUGAAGUGAUACUCAAACAAUAUCGUUCAAAAGCAGAACAUUAUUUUUGUGCAUGUCUUAAUCUCAACAAUGCAAGUAAAGAUAACGUGGAUCGCACCCCAGGAGGUUUACUAUACAUCCGCCAAUGGAACAAUAUGCAAUAUGUUGCAAAUGCAGCAUUUCUUCUGGCCAUUUAUUCUGAUCACCUCUUAGCUACAAAUCAAAAAUUGCAUUGCCAAAAAGGUGAGGUGGGUCCCAAUGAACUCUUAGCCUUUGCAAAAUCACAAGUUGAUUACAUCUUGGGUUCUAAUCCAAUGGGUAUGAGCUAUCUGGUUGGUUAUGGUUCAAAUUUUCCUCAAAGGGUGCACCAUAGGGGUGCAUCCACUGAAUCAUACAAAGGGAACAUGGGUUUUAUUGGGUGCACUCAAGGCUAUGAUAAUUGGUAUGAAAGUCCUAAGCCUAACCCUAAUAUUCUCAUCGGUGCCCUUGUUGGUGGACCUGAUAAUAAGGACCAAUUUAGAGAUGAAAGAAGAAAUUUUGAACAGUUGGAGGCUUGUACCUACAAUACUGCUGCACUUGUAGGAGUUUUUGCUAGAUUGUAUAAUUUAGAAUAAUAAGGUGAUGUUUAAUGUAUUUGUUGAUGAACCACCUUUGAUAGUUCUAGCUAAAUGACAUUGUAUGAUAAAAAUAAUAACUAAA